AUGUUCGGUUCCAGGAGCGAGAGGUUCUUGGACGUUUCGCCUCGCCCUCUCCGUCCUCGGCGGCGCGGCCUGCGCCGGGCUUGCUGGCGCCAUCUUCGCCCAGCCCCCAGUACGCAUGAGCGGCGCGGCUUCCUCCCCGUGUGGCGCCUGUGGCUCUGCUGGCCCUCAUGCGGUUGCGAUCUCUUCACCCCCGCCCUCUCCCUGACCCUUCACGUCGAGUUCCUGCCUCGUCCCGCGCAGGUCUCCUCCUGCUCCUCUUCUUCUUCCUCUGUAGUUCUCCUCUUCGAUGUGCUUGAAUUGCCGUCCUGA